UCUUUUGAUACUUUUCUCUUUCCUUGUCUACUCAAUUCUUCAAAUUACAUCACUCCUUUACUCUCAUUUUAGUGAAAUUAAAGGUAAAGUUCAUUUUAGGGGGUACUUGAAAUUUGUUGAAUUAAUCAUUUCCAACAAUUCUUGAUCAUAUUUAGGUUGCUCUAGUGAAGAAUUAUUGUGGGGUUGUCACUAAUUUUCAUUUCAAAGUUUCUAUUUCCAUUUGUCUAUGUAAUUUGAUCAUUUCCAUCAAUUCUUGAUCAUAUUUAAGUUGUUCUAGUGAAGAGUUUAUGUGGGGUUGUCACUAAUUUUCAUUUCAAAGUUUCUAUUUUUAUCUUGGAUUAUUCCAUUUUGCAUAUGUAAUUUGGAGUUUCAGCUUGAAAAAUUGAUCUUUCUUUGAUCAUUUCCACAAUUCCAAGUUCAAUUAAGCUUUUUUUCCAUCUGGGAUUUGGAAAUUUGAUAUAAAUAUCCAGUUUUUUUUCACUACUUAUCUGUCUGUCCAAACAGCAAUUUUUAUUUGUGGGGUUUCCUUUUUGAGACCUUUUGGGUUGAAUUUCAAGAUUUCUGGGGGCUAUUUUGAUUGUUUAAUGUAAAAUCAAGAAAUGCCAGCUACAGAUUAUCAAGGAGCAUCUGCAUCAUUUUCAACUUUUGGGCGAUCCAUUCUAAGCAUACGUACUCGUGAUCAAGUACAUUCGAUGGAAUCUGUAAGCACUAGCCAAGAACUCGAACUCGAAGCUUUUCAAAAACAAGUAGCUGAGGGUUUCAAUGAUUUAGCAUCUGCAGAUAAUGAUCAAAUCCUUUCAAUUCCAUGGAUUCACAAAUUAUUAGAUGUUUUCCUUUCUUGCCAGGAACAGUUUAGGGCCAUUGUGUUUAAGCAUAAUAAAGGGUCCUUCAAUAAGUCCCCCGCGGAUCGUUAUGUGAUUGAAUAUUUCGAAAGGAGUGUGAAAGCUUUAGAUGUUUGUAAUGCGAUACGAGAUGGGAUUGAGUUGAUAAGGCAAUGGCAGAAGCAGUUGGAGAUUGUUUAUUACGCGUUAAACAAUCAGAGGAGUAUUGGGGAAGGGCAAAUUCGUCGUUCCAUGAAAGCUUUGAUUGAUUUAGCAAUCGGAAUGCUUGAUGAAAAAGAGAGUAAUUCAAGUUAUGCUCAUAGAAACCGGUCAUUCGGACGAAACAAUGCCCAGAAGGAUCAGAAUUCGUUGGGCCAAUUUCGAUCGUUGUCGUGGAGUGUAUCGCGGAAUUGGUCUGCUGCUAAGCAACUUCAAGCGAUUGGUCAAAACUUAAAUGCUCCGAAAAGUAACGAAAUUAUUGCCACCAAUGGAUUAGCUGUGGCCGUUUUUACAAUGAGCUAUGUGCUUUAUUUCGUAAUGUGGGCCCUUGUGGCUGCGAUUCCGUGCCAAGACCGUGGGCUUCAGACGCAUUUCCAUGUUACUAGGCAAUUCAUUUGGGCUGCUCCGGUUCUCUCCCUUCACGAGAGGAUUUUGGAGGAGUCAAGGAAGAGGGACCGUAGAAGUGCUUGUGGAUUGUUGAGGGAGAUCAGUAAGAUUGAGAAAUGUGCUCGCCACAUGAAUGAAUUGACCGAUACCAUUCAUUUUCCCCUUUCGGAGGAAAAGGAAGGGGAAGUUAAGCAAAGAGUUCAUGAGCUUGGGCUAGUUUACUAUUCUCUAAAAGACGGAUUGGGCCCUUUGGAGCGUCAAGUAAGAGAAGUGUUUCAUAGGAUUGUUUGAAGCAGAACUGAAGGGCUCGACUCUAUUGGAUGAGGGAUUCAUGAGUGACACAGGUAACUACGCGACGGGGUAUUGUAAGUGGCAUGGUAGAGUGGUUCUGCCGCCACGAUCCACUAAGAUUCAACCCUUUGUCGCUCCGAUUAGUAAAGGAAGAAAAGGAUUUCAUUUAGAGUUGUAGUAGUUGAGUGUGUGUGUGUCUGCAACCAUUGUUAGAAGAGCAGAUUAUGCUCUCAAUUUCCCCUUGUUUUCUUUUCUUUCUGUUUGCCCUUUUUUAGAUGAGAAGAAAAGAGGAGGAUUAAAUGGUGCAAUGUCCCAAAAUAGUUUGAUGAGGUAAAAAGUCAUGUAUUUAUUACUAUUUAUUAUGUAAAGAAUGCAACAUAGUGGGAUCUCUGGUCCAUAUUGUUGUGGUGUUCAUCUUGUUUAGGAUUGUAUUCGAGUUACUCAGUUUUCUUUUUCCUCUGCUGAGUUUCUUUUCAACAUUUUGUUUAUGAUGCUGUAAUUGGUGAUUAAUAUGUAUUUCAGUGAAGCUCUUGCAUUCUUAAUUUAGCUUCUGUCAUUGAAUAAUUGUUGUAUUUUGAGCAAUAUCUCCAAAUAAUUUUCACAUGGUUUCUGA